CUUUUUUACAACCAACCUAAACACUUUCCAAAUCUACUGCAGCGCUCACUCUAGCCUUCCUAAUCAGCUAAGUAUACUACACUUCCUCCUUAUCCAAACAACUGCUUUCCCAACACCUCUUUCAAAAACAAAAUGCAACCCAUCAUUAAACGCAAAGCACCCGAGGACAAUUCCACUGAGCAUGAGAGGCAAGUGUCAAAGAAACAACGAACCGAAAAGACACAAGGACCGGUGGCAGAUGUCGAUAGAGCUAUUGAUUGGUCGUCGUCUUCUGCAUGGAUGCGAUCAGUCGACUAUAACAGGAGAUAUCGAAAUACCAAUAGAGCCAAUGAAUGGUCGUGGUCGCGAACAUUCAGGUAUAGCAGCGGCGAUGCAAACAGGAUGCGCAGAACAUUUCUGCGUGAUCCGGCAAGUGGAAGCACUUUCACCAUAUUGUCGUCUCCGUCGUACAAUGCUCUCAAAAUCGAUACAAAAUGGCAACCCGCCAAACCAGACCGAAAGGUUAUGGCGGUUGUUCAUAUGGAGUCUUGUAACGAUGCAACGUCGACAACUUUAAUGUCAACAUCGGUCAAAUCAUCUGUGGCUUCGGUCGGCCUGAGACCCCGAUCUCAUGAGCAAGGAGCGGCCGAAAGAGAAAGUGGGGGUCGGAAAUCAAAACGACAAAGGAGCCCGAACAGCAAUAAGUAGGGCUGGGCUCGUA